UAGCAGCCGCGUAGAGUAGGUACACAAGAGCAGUCACACGCACGCACCAACGUCCAUUUCGGCUUAAUCGUUUCAGGUAAGUGAUGGCGUCCGCUCAGGAGAGGUCGGAGCUGGACCGCAAGGCUCGCGAGGGUGAGACGGUCGUCCCCGGCGGCACCGGCGGGAAGACCCUCGAGGCGCAGGAGCACCUCGCCCAAGGGCGCAGCCGCGGUGGGCAGACUAGGAAAGAGCAGAUUGGGGAAGAAGGAUACAGCGAGAUGGGGCACAAGGGCGGGGAGACCCGGAAGGAGCAGAUGGGGUCGGAGGGGUAUCGCGAGAUGGGCCGCAAGGGCGGGCUGAGCACCAUGGAGGAAUCCGGCGGCGAGCGUGUCGCUAGGGAGGGUAUCGAGAUCGACGAGUCCAAGUUCAGGACCAAGUCCUGAAUCCCAGUGCUACUUACGGUUAGGGCCGUCGAUCAGCCCGUGUACGUAGGUUGCCUGCCUUAGUUUCAAGGUUACGAAUAAUGUAGUGUAGGUCAGGUCUGGCUUGACGUAUGCAAGCACAAACGCAUGUAGGCGAUCAUAUAUAUGUACGGUGUGAUCAUUGCGUGAUUUAGGUGUGAGGUGUCCUUUCUUAGUGCAAGUGUCGAUGUGUGCCUCGUCUGAGUCAAAUCAGCUAGCUGUAGCUAGUAUGUACGGAGUAUCUCGUAUGUAUAUGGCCUUGUCCAAAAGCGUCGUUCUAGUUUGUA